AGGGGCGAGGAGGAGGAGGGAGCCAAAGCAGGAAGGAAGGCAGGCAGAGAGGGAAGGGAGGCAGGCUGUGAAUGCUAACAAGCCCCGUCGUAAUCAUACAGUUCAGUAGGUAGGGUUUGAUUAAAAACGUCUUGCAAUGGAGAGGAACGACGACCACUAUUAAACACCUACUAUGCACCAGUGCCGCCUUCGUCCUAUGCGCGUGCAGCAGUCUCACCGUCGUCGGCACGUUUGAUCUGAACAACCGUCUUUUUCCGCUGAAGUGAAAUGUAUCGCGACUGCUUGGGACUCACAUUCUGACAAUGGAGAUUGAAAAUAUCGUGGCCAACACGGUUCUCCUGAAGGCGAGGGAAGGUGGAGGGGGGAAGAGGAAUGGUCGCAGCAAGAAAUGGAAAGAGAUGCUGAAACUCCCCCACAUCAGCCAGUGUGAGGAGCUACGCCGCACUAUCGAGAGGGACUACACCAGUCUAUGUGAGAAGCAGCCCAUUGGCUGGCUGUUAUUCCGGCAGUACUGUGAUACCAGGCCAGAGCUGAAGCGCUGCAUUGAGUUUAUGGACGCUGUGGCCAUGUACCAGCUCGCUCCGGACGAGAAGAGGAGGGACUGUGGACUGAAUCUUUUAGACACAUACUUUAAUAAUGGGUCUGCAGCCCAUCUGCCAGACGUUCCCCAGGAAGUGGUGGCUGGGUGUCGGGAGAGGCUGGAGCAGAGUCCAUGUAAGGAGCUCUUCAAUGACUGCACCAAAAUAGUUCGUGAUUAUCUGAGUGGAGCUCCGUUUUCCUCCUACCACGAGUCCAUGUACUUCUCUCGCUUCCUGCAGUGGAAAUGGUUGGAGAGGCAACCAGUAACCAAAAAUACCUUCAGACAUUACAGAGUACUAGGAAAAGGUGGAUUUGGCGAGGUUUGUGCCUGCCAAGUACGUGCCACCGGUAAGAUGUACGCCUGUAAAAAGCUGGAAAAGAAACGAGUGAAGAAAAGAAAAGGUGAAGCAAUGGCACUAAACGAAAAACGCAUUUUAGAAAAAGUUAACAGUAGUUUUGUAGUUAGUCUAGCAUAUGCGUAUGAGACCAAGGAUGCGCUGUGCCUGGUGUUGACCAUAAUGAAUGGCGGCGACCUAAAGUUCCACAUCUACAACAUGGGCAACUCGGGCUUCGACGAACAGAGGGCCAUCUUUUACGCUGCUGAGAUCUGCUGUGGCCUUGAGGACCUGCACCGUGAGAGGAUAGUCUACAGGGAUUUGAAACCUGAAAACAUCCUUCUGGAUGAUCGUGGACACAUCCGAAUUUCAGACCUGGGCCUUGCUGUUCAAAUCCCUGAAGGAGAGACGAUACGAGGGAGAGUGGGCACCGUUGGAUACAUGGCUCCCGAGGUGAUCCAGAACGAGAGCUACUCCGUCAGCCCCGACUGGUGGGGGCUGGGCUGCCUGAUCUUCGAGAUUCAGGGCCAGUCGCCCUUCCGCAAGCGCAAGGAGCGCGUCAAGCGGGAGGAGGUGGACAGGAGAGUGCGCGAGGACCAGGAGGAGUACUCUGAUAAAUUCGUAGAGGAGGCGAAGGACAUCUGCAGACAGCUCCUGUCCAAGGACCCCAAGCAACGGCUCGGGUGUCAGGGUCGAGGGGGCCGUGAGGUCAAGCAGCACCCCAUCUUCAGAAACAUCAACUUCAAACGGCUGGAGGCCAACAUGCUGGACCCUCCCUUCAGCCCCGAUCCUCGAGCCGUGUACUGUAAAGACGUCCUGGACAUCGAGCAGUUCUCCACCGUCAAAGGCGUGAACCUUGACCCCACAGACGAUGACUUCUACCACAAGUUUGUCACAGGCAGCGUCUCCAUCCCGUGGCAGAACGAGAUGAUUGAGAUGGAGUGCUUCAAAGAAAUCAACGUCUACGAGACUGACGGGACGCUGUGCUCAGACCUGGACGUGAACCGGCCUAACCCUCCACCAAGAGAGGCUUCUUCUACCCGCCUGUUCAGAAGAGAGGUCUGUUUUAAGAGCGGUUACAGUGAUGACGAGAUCGAAGAGCCAUCACGACUUUAAACCACUCCCUCCUCCCGCCUCCUCUUUCACCUCCUCCUCCCACCCCCCCACCCCUCACCGUUGAACUUCACCACAAACUCCAACAGAGCGCAAAUCUUAGGAACUCAGUGAAUGUUGACCUGUAUUUAUGAGCUGUAUUAAAAGUGUAUUAUAAUUAAAGAAAAAAGUAUGAGUUUAAAGAUUUUGUACAUUUGUACUUGAAUUUAUGUCUAGAUGUAUAUUUUCACUAAAGGUUGUAUUGUACAAAAAGCCAUAAAAGUACCACUUGAAUGCAUACAUUACGUUUUUAUUUCCUUUUUGUUUUCUUUUGGAAUGGAUAACGUGUAUUGGGGAGUUUUUUUUUUUUAAAGAAGUACAGUACCAGUAUGUUUUUUUUUUUCUUUCAAUGUAGCAUAAUAACCUUUUUGUUUUUAUAUGUGCUGUAUGUUUGUCUUUGAUUUGUUAGCACAUCGGUUCCUAAACUAACCCCUCAGCCUCGGCACCCUUCAAGGCUCAGGUAGAUAUGAACGAAGCGCAUAGAUCCUAAUGAUUUGAGGGGGAAAGGAAUCCAGUCUAGCAUUGCUUUGAUGCCCAGCUUCUUACACCUUCCCAUGUGUUUCCCCAUCUCCAGCUGCCCCUUAGAUUUAAAUCGGUUCGGAUAUGAUAAACCUGAUCUUCCCCUCUGGACUGUAUGGCAUGUGAAAUUAAACAUCCUCUUCAUGCCUAUUUAAUUCGGGCAGUGAUGGAUUUAUUUCUGACAAUCUUUUUGUCAGCAUGUACAAACAUUUAGUAUAUUUCAAGGAGGCUUUUUUUUUGGUAACACAGGGCCUGAUACAUAUAAUUCCUAGGCCUCAAAAAAAUCUCCUUUGAGCUGCAAACGCUCGGAUCAUGUGAACAUGUGUUUCCUUCAGGAGCACACCUGUUAAGUAAAAGUCUGUUACAUUAUUCACUCAGGCAAAACCUUUUUUGUAUCUUUAUUCCUCCUCCUGUUUUUAACUUCUUCUUUUUUGUACAACCUGGCUUUCCUUAGUUUCCUUAGUUUUCUGGUUAUUAUAAGCGGAAGUCUUUCCCCUCGAAGUUUCCCAGUAAUCUAUAAUUUGUUUACUGGCGAAUGAGAUAGCACAUAGACUGAUGAUGAUGAUGAUGAUGAUGAUGAUGAUGAUGGCACUGUAUAAAAGAUCUGACCUGCAGCUGACAAGGGCUUCAUCUAGAUAACAAAUUGGGGUUGCAUAAAACGAACUUCCUUUGAUUCUGCUGUUAGCAGCUGUUAGCCUCUGCGCUAAGUCACAAUACUGUGUCUGUUGAUCGUAGAUAGCAAAUAUCCCGCUUGUAGACCUCCAGUUUAGCUUUAGCUGUGUUUGUGCUAAAUGAAAGCAUUACUAUAAACCCACCAUUGAAAUCUUGUAUGUUGUUCUAUCAUAGGAAUGGCUUGAGACAGUUGUUUUGUGUGUAGAGAGGAAGAAACGUAUCGAGUUACCAUCAUCUGUGUACAGGAACACUUGCAGAACCACAGUUGUGUGCUCUUUUUCAAACAUAGAAGUGUUUCCUUUCAAUCAUGAACAAAUACAUUUUCUGUGCAUUUCCAACCAUCUGUCCUCAUUUGAUUUUCAGAGACAAUUGAAGCUAUCUUGCUUUUGAAUUUUUGCUUUUGAGAAGGUUGCUGUUUACUCCCCCCACCACCUGUUUUUAAUGCUGUGAAUACCCAAUCUGGACAUGUUGGCUCUGUGCGUGUGCGUGUAUUACAUUGUAUGCAAAUGCAGCUUCUGUUCAAUCCAAUGCAUCGAAGUACAAACAUACAAUAGUUAAAAUCACGUAUAGACUUGAACGUCACUCAUUUGAAUUUCAAACCAUUGAAAACAUUUUAAAAUGGUACGUAUAUAAUUCCCAAUCUGGUUUACUAUUUUGGAGAGUUGGCUUUUUGAAUAAAUAAAAUUGUCCCCUGUUGCACAUUCCAUUAUGAAAAAUCAGGAAUCGAAUGCGUGCAUCUGUUUCUGGCUUGUUGUCACUUUUUCCUGAGUGUCUUUGUUUUUCUUUGUUGCUCUCAGGCACAUUUUGAAGCUGAUUUCUCUUGCCUAUGUAGAUUUUAGCUAUUUAGCUAUUUUAACAUGUAAAUGAUGUAUUUCUAACAUAUAACUAAGCUCUAACACACAUUCACUCACUCUCACAGGGAAACUAAACUGUGUUUGCCACCCAUGCCUCUGUCAUUGUAUGAACUUUACUCUUCUAACAUCCAUAUAGCAGUAAAGGAAUUAUGUUUAGUUUCAUUGCACUAUGGUGUGUUUUGACAAUGACUAUAGGAAGUGUCUUGAACUUUUAUGCCAAUGAUACCAAAAGCAACAUUUAGUAAAACUUGUCUUGUUCUCGGAAAACAAAUUGCUGAAGAAAGACUGACUGUCUUUAUUGUAUGUGCCAAUUUACCGAGUUGAGUUCUGACAUCUCACCUUUUUUCAACCUCUCUAUCAUUCCGUCCAUUCCGAGAGAAAUUCCUUCACAUAAAGGAAACUUUAAACAGCUCAACAGUUUUGAAUGUCCGCACUAAGUGCAUUGUAAUGCCUGUUUAAAAAAAAAAAAAAAAACAUGUUUUAUUACUCAAGCAUGUAUCGGUUUGUAAUACUUCAGGUUCCUUGUAGGCCUAUAUGUAAAUGAUGACCUUCUAGUGCCAACAUAUCUCACUGGUAUCUGAGGACAACUUUAUAAAUGGCAAGGUGACCAGCUGAGUUUGGCCCCGUUUGAAGCCAUAACAUGCAUUCCUUUUCCUGCCUUCCUCCAACGGUGGUGAUGGCGAGUUCCCCCCCCCCCUCCUCCCUCCCUCUUGAAAAAGCGGGAUGGCACACACCUGAAACGUUUUAAAGUGCAAGAUACUCUGGUCUUUGUUGUCACUUGAAUUACAUUUUUUGGUUAACUACAGAUAUAUGCCUGGCGGUUCUCCAGGGUUACAUGCUCUUCUGUCCCGAUAUUUCAGAUAAGUUCCCCAUAAGGAAGGGAGGAAUGAGGAAACGCAUUAUUGGUAUUCAAGCGGGGCCUGUGACUUCUUGAUUUUCUUCUUUUUUUGUAUCUGUACAGUCAUGUCGUUCAACCACUGCAGUCAUUGUUAAUUCUUGUACAAGUUGUAUCACUGGUUGUUGUACCAUAUCUGACAUUUGUAAUUAUGAAAUAAUACACUGCCAUUUGUAUAAAAAAAUACUUGUCUUGA